AGAUGCGCACGCAUGCUGCGGUCUCACCGCAUUCGUAUAAACGACAAAAGUUAUGUAAACAUUGUGUAUUAAACGUCCGUUAUUGUGUUUUUAAAAUGUUUAACUCUUGUAUAUCGUAAGACUUUUGUUCUCGACCAUUGUUUGAUACGGAGCCAGUGUUUUGAUACGAUAUCCGCUGCGAACGCUUAACAUCGAUUUUAAGAACAGUUUUACGUUCCGAAACCGUCAUAAAACUAGUUUUUGUAAAGCGAAGUUUGAAAUGUGUGCAGUGAUAAUAAAACAAGUGAAAAAAUGUAUUUUUAUAUGUAUUGGUUGAACAGUAAGUUUCGAUGAAGCGAGGACGUUUUUAUACGAGACAAUUUUUGUGUUCAUAAAGUUCGAUAAAUAAUAAAACUGUUGAAAUUAUGUUAUUCAAAUUUCGUGGAACAAAACGCGAAGAUUUCAUGGUGUUAUAAAUAGAAUACCGAGUGGGGUUUCGUAACCCACGCAUUAUUAUAACAUCUGUGGUUUAUCGAGAUGAUUAUAAGCUGACUCGGAAGCCUUAUUAUACACAAGAUCAACUGCAACACGCCCUUAGGCUAAAGAUAGCCAAGGAUUCACCGCAUGCGUAAAUCACCCUAUAUAUAAUCAAAAUGAUGUGGCCUUCGUCUCAAGCGAGUAAAAUACUAACAUGUUUACUUAUAAUUGUUGUUAUAUAUUGCAUUUACAUGGAUACUUUCCUAUUUCUACGUAUAAGGAAUUAUAAAAUAGAUAUAUUCGAACAGUCGGAGAAUAUAACGCAAGAAACGUCAACUCACCGAACAUUGAAAGCACAACAGAAUUACGAAGACGUAACGUGGAUACCCUGUAACAUAAAUCCACUAUGUCACCCGACCGUGAAAGCUUUAAUGGUGGACCAUAUUAAUCAUUAUAUAUACGGACCGCUAUGUGCGAUUGUUGAUAUAGGCUUGGGUAUAUCUGAAAAGAUGCUAUUUCUAACGCCGAAUAUGAUAUCCCUUUUUCACGUAUUCAUAGCCUGCGUUGGAGCGAAACUGUUGACUUUUCAGAGUCUAGCCGCUCGUCGAGUUGCCGUUGUUCUGUUCCAAAUUCGAAUGUUUUUAGACGAUUUGGACGGUCAUGUAGCUAGAGAGAGAAAGCAUAUAAAAGGUGAGAGGUCAGAAGUCGGGACUAUUGGCUACUGGGUUGAUGGUAUUUGUGAUUCGUUCGGUGUGACAGCUAUGAUGAUAGGUAUACUCGUGUAUUUAAAGAAUAACCCGCCUCGACGAGGCUACAAAGACACUCCAGUUAGCACUCUACCUUAUCAUCAAUUGAAAGAGAUAAAUUCAAGUGAAGAUAUCGAAAGGGAUCACACGACUGAAAUAGGUAUAUCGUAUAAAACAAAAGUAACGCUACAAAGGAUAGUUCAAGUUAUCGGCUUAUUUUCUGGUCAAAUGGUGCUAUCUUCGUUGGCUUGGAAUAGAUACAUAGAUCUAUAUCAGAAUUUAUUAGAGAAUUCGUCGGAAUACGAUAUAUCGAGACGCGAAAGUACAUUUAUGUCUGGGACGUUUUUCUUCGCAACAGGUCUGUGGAGGAUUGUGAAUCCGCAUAGUUAUUUACAUCUGUUAUCGUUAGCUGUGUUUUGUGAUAAAACUUGGGCAUUUUUGAAAGCUGUUCAUUACAGCGGUUACGUUUGUCUGGUGAUAACUGUAGCGACGUCCGAAUAUUUAAUUGAGAAUAUCAAAUCUCAUGUCGUCAACAGUAUGGACGGUUAAAUUUUCACUUGUUCCAAAACUUUUUUUUUAUAUUCAUUACUAUUGACAUAUUUUUAUAUAUAUGAUUUAGAGAUGAUAAGAUCUGUAAAGCUAUUUAGUAAGAACGAAUUCGAAACUCACCGCAGAAUACGACCGUGAAAUGCGAGAGAGUGAAGCAGCUAUGACUAAUUUUAUAAUAAUUAUGACAUUUAAAUUGUCCGUUUUCAAAAUUUCACGAGUGAGACGCGAAGUGUAUUCUUAUUGAAUAGUUCUAUUGAUCAACAAACGGUAAAGCUUGCUUGCCAAUAUCACAUGUUAUAUUUUCGAUAUUUUAAUUCUAUUUUUAAAAAUAUAUAUAUAAAAAAAAUCUCGGUUUGCUUGGUAUACAGCCAUUGUUUUGAAAAAGUUUAAAAGCAUUAGUUACAUUGAUUUAUCUCUUUCUGUCACAGCUGAUUUGUCAUAAGAAAGAAGAAUGCACUGAUUACUUAUUGGCUUGGUGCUAAAAGGGCAAAUAUCAAUAAAAGUUCCUUUUUGUAAUACGGAUAGAAUUGACAUUGUUUGUUGUUUUGUAUGAUAUUGUUGGUAUGGUACUUAGAUAAUCUUAAUCGAAUAUAUUUAUUGGAACGAAGUUCUUUUACGCGUCUUACAGAUAGAGACCUGAUAGAUAUCGUCACUUAAGGAAAAAUGCGUGAACGCCUCCACGUGACCUUAAUUCCUUAAACCUUUUAUACGGUUUUAUUUUUUGUUAUUGUUUUAAUUUAGUCAUUGUAAUUUAAUUAUUAUUAUGUCGUAUACGUAAUGUAUAGCGAAAGCGACUUCGUUCCAAACGAUUGUACCGCGAUUCUCGUUUCAAAUGGACGUAUGUGGUUGAGGUUUUAAAAUGUACUUAGGACCUUUUAGCACCAGACCACAGAUCAUAUAUCCAUAUCGUGUUAUAUAUAUCAAUAUAGUCGCGAUCUUUGUCAAAUACAAUUGUUAUUACUGAAAUUAUUUUAUCAAUGGAUUUGAGGGUUUAUAUACAUAUGAUGACUCUAUAACAUAGUCUGUUUUUAUUCCUUUAUUUCUAUUAUGUUAUUGUAAAUUUUUAUAUUAUAAUUUAUUUAUAUCCAUAGUAACUAAUGAUUGGUUAAUUGUUUAAAUUGUUAUUUACUUUUAUAUAUUUUAUGGCACAAGAUCCCAGAUCGUCCAGACGUAUGUUAUUUUAGUUGAGUUGAGUUAAUUUUUAUAGUUAAUGUAUAAAAUGUAGAUGAAAAUGUCGUUUGAUGGUACAUCUUCGUGCUAGCUAGCCAAGCCAACCAAGAACUAAUCGCGUAAUCUACUGCCAAGCAGAUAUAGUUAGUAUUGUUGAGAUUCGGGUUAAAGGGUCAGUGAGCUAGUGUAACUACUGCAUUGGUUGUUUAAUAUAGGUUUAAUAUUUCUUACAAUGCCAAUGUAUAUGGUCCUUGGUGGCAUAUCACAAGGUAGCCCAUGUCAGCCUUUUCUAUUUAAAAUAAAAAAAAAAAAAUCUAUAAGAACUGUCAAAUUUGAAUUCGGACUCUAGGACAGUUUUUUUUUUUUGUAACUUUAACCUGCUAUGUGUCUUGGGCUCUAACUGCCAAUUAAAGUAUUGCCGUUGAGAUAAUAAGUUAUAUCAGUCGUUCAAUUAGAUAUACAUUAGAUUAUAUAUUUAGUGUGGACAAUAAGAUAAAUAAUUUAAUUUGAUUUCUAGAUCGCUAAUCACCUCCCGUCGUUCAAUAUAAAAUAUAAAUUCUAAAUAUAUAAAAGAUCAGAUAACGCUAACCCAUUAAUAAUAAUUUACUAUCGCGUGAAUAAAUCACACCAUUAUAAAACCUACGAAAAAGGAAACUGAAGUUCAUGACAAGGUAUCGUUUUGGAAUUGACAUACUUGAUAUUAUGGGUUUUAAAUUUUUUUUUCUAUAUAUAUUGGAUAUUGAAGGA